AUGUCCAGUAUUUUAGAAAACCCAACGUUCUCAAAUGUGGGAGAUCUAUCAAAUCCCUGUCCACCAAAGGACCAAGAUGUCAACCCACAACCCCUAAACCCAUUUGUCCCAAGUAACCCUGCUACCAUCUCUCCAGAGGUCAACCCACAAACCCCUCAAGCUUGCUCACCUGCAGUGUCCCAAUCUUUGGUCAAAGAGCUAUCCAUUUCAAGUGAAGGUAAUUGCUCUACCAUUCCAAAUGGUGCUAGAAUACACACACAACAGAUUUGUGCAAGCUCUAGUGGGAAUCCACAGAAUGGAACAAACAUGCACAAGGAAGUCCCAAGCAAGAAGCCAACCAAGGUAACCAGCUCGUUGGCUAUAGAGGUAAGGGCACAGGUAAACCCAUGUCCUGGCACUACUUAUUAUUUUGUUUUUGAAUCCUCUAUUAGAAGUAAGGAAGGUGUGGGCCAUGCUCUGUCAAAUGAGGGAAUGCAAGGUUCUUUAGUCACCGCCCAAAAUGUACCACCAGAACAACAACCCCAAAGUGAUGAUAGAUUGAAACAAACUACCUCCUGGAGCCAGGUUGUCAAGAAUGGAGUGGGUCUGAACUCAAAUAUUCAUGGUUUAGCUAAUCAUAAAGCCAUGUCUCUUAAAUUUGUUGAACCCAUUAGGGAUGCUCAAAGGAUUGUGGUCUCUCCCCAUAGGGAUAUAGCUGCAAAAGGCUACAAGGAGUGGGAAACAUGCCUUGUGGGUACAAGUUCAAGUGACCCCCAUCUUACUCUGCCUAUAUCUCAACAAAUUCAAGGGGGGAUUCUUCCUACAGGGAAUGUGGUAAUCCAGUCUUCCCCUAUUCCUAAGGCUCAUAUUAACAUUGAGACUUGUAAUAUAUUUGCUAGCCUUGUGGUUGAUCUUUCUGGGAUUCAAGAGAACGACAUGGACAAAUUAGCUUCCCCGGUGAAAAGCCUCCUUAGUAACAAAGUGAAGAACAUUGAUGGAAUUCCAAUUGGAACAACAAGAAAGGAAAAACAAAAGCAAAAAUCUCCUAACCUAGGGAAAGUUGGGGUUCCUAAAGCCCAGGGUCAGAGUUUGCCCAAACCCAAAUGA